GUCAAAAGAUGCCAAGCAAAUGCGCCCAAGGUUUUUGGUUUCUCUGGAAGUCUCUAGAGUCUCCAGAGUCUCUCGAGUCUAAAAUUAUAAUCAUGACUAUAAUUAUAAUUAUAAUUAUACAAAACCAGUUCUAGCUGUGAAGCUUUUCUUAACAUAAAACAACCGUGUCAAAUAUACAUUGAGCAGCAGUUCGUUGUUGAUUUAUUCAAAACUUUGACAGGUAAAAAAUAGAUUCAAAUCGACUUGCAGAUUAUGGCUUCCUCUCACUUCAACCAUGCGAUGGGCCCCCUUGCACGUUUGUUCGAUGUUCGUCGUGGAAGGGAAAGGGCAGCUGCCGGCGGAGCAUCUCACCAAUCUCCCCAUCUUAGCAAGCAGCUUGUUGGGCAAUCGCCAAUUCUUGGGGUUCAGGUCAAGCAUAAUGCCAUGACAGAUAAACAGGGCGAGGUCGAAUAACGUCGAACCUUAAUAGACCAGCGGCAGAUCCACAUAAAUGCCGAAAGCACCUACAAUCACACGAUCGCAGCAAACCCUUCCGGCUCUCACAUCACCGUUCAACCCAGGUCACCUUCUCGUACAAUUUACGAUGCGAUGGGAUUUUGGAUUGCGCGAAAUAUGAGACUUGACUACCUGAGAUCUUGCGGCCCAGACAUCAGACGAACAAUACAUACAAGGGGGACGCGGAAACAGAGGAAACGGCAGUGUGGAUCUGCACAGCAUAUUUUAAAUGCAUGUUUGCUGUCACGCAUAUGACGGACUGGCGGAACCAAGGGCGUGUAAGGGGAUUUUACACUAAGGCGUGAAGGUUAUCCUAAGAGACAGAACAUAAGAGACAGAAUAAUCAGUACCAAGUGCAAUUAGGCUUGCAAGCCCGGAAAAGUGGGUACAUUUUGACACGGCAAUCUAAUAAGGUUGGAGGCAAUUACCAUGUGGUAUCUUUACCGGGCUUUUGCUUGCGGGAAGGUUUACUUGCCGCCGGACUCGCAAGUUACAUGUCCUUUAGGUAAGGGGAGUCUCAAAAAAUUUCUGCAGAUUGACAAAAGACAGAUUGGAUGGCUUGAAUGCAGUUGUGUUUCAUGAUUUUACUGAUUCUUCCAGUUGAUUAUUUUGGUGAUUUUUGGUUAUUCUGGUGCUUCCAAGGAUCGCGGGGAUUUCGGAACACCUACAUCCUACUUCCCGGGGCAACGGUAUAGGGGAAGUCAUAAAGUCAGUGCCAUUACUGAUCGACCAGUGAUUGCUGGGCAUGAGGGGCAGGACGGAAACAGAGUUUCUGAAUGUUUAGAUCACUCGCAUGGGUAACUUACUUUCAUGUACGAUAGCGAGCGAAGCUAUAAUUGGAAGGUCACCGUGGGCUUCUCAACUUCUCACGCAUCAUUUGUCUCAUAAGGUGGAAAAUCGUUUAUCGGACGUGCAGACGUGCGCUUCAAGCCUUCAACGUUCACAGGCUUUUACGGCUUUUAUUUGGUGGUCAAUGCGGCCACGCUCUCCGGGUAAUGGUCUAGGCCGCUUGUCAUAUGGAGAUCAUUGAUAUAUACGAAUCUUUAUUCAAAUAUACAUUGGGUCGCUGUCGUGGGUUGAGUAUUCUUCCAUCUACUUGAGCAUCAUGCCCGAUAAAGUCCACUCUUUUACACGCGCCGUCCACUCAAACUUUCACUCAGAUUCAGCUCCAGUCCGGGCAGCAGAUAUGGACAGUGACGCUUCAGUUCCACGAAAGUCCGGCAUGACCAUACCGGCUUCAUCAUUUGGUUGUAGUUUAUGUCCCAAAUCAUUCAACAGACGCGAGAAUUUGAGCCGUCACAUGAAAACUCGUAAGUAGCCAUAGAUUAGAAUAACCACACAUCCAUUGGCUUGGGGUCCAAAGUUUGAUCGACCGCUAAUAAAGUGUUCUAGAUGACGUUCCUCGGACUCAUAUUUGUCAAAUUUGCGAGAAAACUUUUACCAGAAGUGACUUACUAAAAAGACACGAAGCUGGCCAUGAACGUUGGGAUAAGCUACCCAAGUCGGAAGGACGAAGAGGUUCCGUAAAACGGCGGAAAACCUCUGAAGAUCCAUCAGAAAGUCCUAAAAAUCUCGAGAACUUCAACUGGGCACGUACGACUACACCAGACUCAGGCCAUCUUUCUCCAUUAUCGAAUGAAGCUGCAUUUCCAUCGACAACGGCAAGCUAUGCCACUUCUUUUCAAGAACCGGUGAACAUGCCUUUUCUGGAGAACCGAGAACAGCAGAGCUUGGGGAACAAUCAAACGAAUUGGAUAUCUCCUGAAUCAGCGCCUAGAUCAUUUGUCGAAAGUCAACAAUUAAACAUCAAUAUCAGUGCAACGCAUCCUGUGCCAUCAUUUAAUUUCUUACACCAUGAAACCAAUUCGUUCCCGCAGCAAUAUCGAGAAUCAUUCCAAGAUGCAGCAUUAGACAACCAAAUUCCUGCACACUCUCUUGGUAUAAUGGAAUAUUCAUAUCAAGUACCCUUCAAUCAAGCUUCUUAUUUGCAGCCGGAGAACAACCAGGUUGGAAAUACCGGGUUCUCUGAUGACUUUUACGCCGCUAUGCUUGAGACUGGGAACGAAUGGGGAAUUUUUCCGAAUAAUUUUAACCAAAAUUUUCCACUUGCCAAUCAAAUGCAACAAAGUUUUACUAAUAUCAAAUUGGAAAGUCCAGGUCUAAGUUCGACAAUAAUGGCUCGUGAGCCUAGAUCGGAGUAUCAUCAAUCUAAUCAUAUUACAUCAGAAUCCCUGUUACCACGACCUGCAUGUAUCACAAGGGUUUCCUCACCUCCAAGUUUACCAUGGGAAGAGCAUAACUGGCCUCUUUUAUGGAACCCUAUAUCGGCGACACUUCCAACGCUGGAAGCUGGUCCAAUUGAUAUACCAUCUGGCCAUUAUUUAUUUCAAAAUCACAAUCCAAGGUAUGAUAUUUCUGAAUCGACUUAUCAAAAAAUGAGAGAUCUUUUAACGUCUCCCAUUCACGAAGCUCAUAACGGAAAAACCCUCUUCACAAUGCCAUCGCUACACGUGGUCAAUAUCCUUAUUGGCCUUUACUUUGAGCAUUUCUCCCACCAAGCACCCGUGCUUCAUCAUCCUACCGUGGAUACCAAUCGAUUACCUUCAUCAUUAUUAUCUGCUAUGAUGAUUAUCGGAGCAACUUAUAGUCACGUCAAAAAUGGGAGACGUUUAGCAAUUGUUCUAAUCGACAUUAUUGGUUGGAACUUGCUCGAGAUUACUCGAAGUGACAAUAGUUUGCUUCGAAAUCCAAUGACAAUUCUUACGCAAGCCUUACUUAUCCACACGGGAUUAUGGUGUGGAAACAAGCGUGCAUUCAACGUAGCUGAAGCAUAUAUAGGAAAUGCUAUCUCUCAUAUGCGUCAGCUAUACGAGAGUGAGAAGUGGAAUGUAUCAAUGCAAAGUUCAUCCGUGGAUGAGACGUCGAGAGAUACUCAAGUUCAAUGGACACGCUGGAUUCAUGAAGAGUCUCUGAAUAGACUUUACUGGUUCAUCUACACAAUCGAUCGUCAAUUUCCUGCGCUCUGGAAUAAACCAUCAACAAUCAUAAUCGGUGAAAUGGUUGAUGUUGGUUGCCCUUGCGAUGAAAGCUUUUGGUGUGCCCCUACUGCUGAACAGUGGAAAUUCACUCUUGGGUCUGCGACAAUUCCAAAACCUCCAUCGUUUGCAGCCGCUAUAGGACCUUUUCUCUUUUCACCCACAACAACGUCUCCCGCAUUCUCCUUGGGCCAUUUCUCGUCGCAGGAACAACAGCACUCACAAUCCCAACACCUGUCGUUACCGAACCUCAACCCCUAUACCGCAUUUCUUGUCCUUCUUGAAAUCCAACAUCAAAUUUUUGACUUCUCUCAAGAAUAUUUGUUGGCUACCAAGUUUUUAAAUCGUCAAGAUAUUCGCGAAGCCCAAGAAAAAUUACAUUUUACACCCAACCUAUGUCCAUCUCAGGCCAUCAAAUCCGGCUUUGCCGCGAGAAGACAGAAAUUAGCCUGUACGUUGGUGUAUUAAUUCCAAAGAUCCACAACGAAACUAAUAAUAACCUAGACUCGCUUAACCUCUUUUCUAAAACUUAUUUACCACGGAAUUUGAGUACACUCCAUUCGAAAUCUCAUAUUUUCGAUCGUAUAUCUAUCGUUCAACAUCACCUCUCUAUGCUAUUUCUUCAUAUCCCCUUUACAGAUUUAUUAAAUUCGAUUGGAAAAUUGGGACAGACAGGUAUAGCACCCGCUUUUGAAAAUCUUAAAUCAUGGGCACGAGAUGAUCCCGAAUUAGCGAUUGAUGUAGCUCUUAGAGCUGCGGAAGCUAUUAUGGAAAUUAAUAGAGGCCUUGAGGUUGAGACAAGCCGAGAAGUGACAAUUGAGAAAGCGAGAGCAAUGAAGAGUGGAAUGAUAGAUACAGGUAUUUAUGGAACUACCUUGUUAAUGAUGACACAUGUUAUCCUAUGGGCUUUCGCAAAGGUGUCAGAUAGGAAAAUGAAGGAGAAUUUGAUGAAGAGAUUAAGGGCGAAGGAAGGAGACUCUACAUUUUUGAAUAUUUUGGAGUGUGAAUUCCAGGAUUCGAAUGAAGAUGGUGAGGGAUUGAGAUUGGACUUGGAUAUUAAUAUUGGAGGAAAUUUGAAAAUGGAUCAUCAGAAAAUAAACGCGGUUUCGAAAGUUUUGCUUAGGAGUGCGGCGGAUAUGUUGAUGAGGUUUGGGACUUGGGGAGUAGCUUUGGAUAUGGCCUUGUUGUUGCAUUUAAGAGGGGAGGGUUAGUAUGAGGUGUAUAUGUGAAUGGUGAUGUGAUGGUUAUGGGGAUGAGGAUGAGAACAGGAUGGGGGUGAGGAUGGUGUUGCGGAAUGGUGUUGGGAAUGGAGAUGGGGAUGGUGAAGGGAUUUGGAGGGCGGGACUAAAAUUGGAGGAACGGAGGAACGGCGGAACAUUUACAUAUUACUUUAUAUUUAUUUCAUUUCAAAACCUAACGACAUUAGAAUUAUAUAUUUUAUUCAUCUAUAUAUCUAUAUUUAUAAUUAAAUAAAUAAAUCUCAAUUCUUCAUAUCCAUCAGCAACAAUUCUUAAGAUUUCAAAAAUUGAGU